CUCAUGCGGUGUAGUGCCUAGCUGAAUGCGGCAUAGCGGGCAAGAGCCGGCGUAUCGUGGGGGGGACCACGGUGCAGCCGCACGAGUACCCGUGGCUGGUGUCGCUCAUGUUGGGGCCCAAGCUGCACUGCGGCGGCGCCAUCAUCACCGACUACCACAUCCUCACUGCCGGUCAUUGUAUUACUUUCGGCGUCCACUACCGGGAUCUCACAGUGAACGUGGGCAUGCACGACCGGCUGGACAACUCGUUCCAAGUGCUGCACGUCUCCAACGGCAUCAAGCACCCUGCCUUCACCUCCAACGCUGUGCGAGACAUUAACGACAUAGCCGUACUCACGCUCAACAAGCGACUCAAAUUCAGUGACAAAGUCCUUCCUAUUUGCUUACCGGACGAAGCGAUGGACUUCAAGAGCGUGGCGCUGACGGUAGCGGGGUGGGGCAAGACGAGACAGGGCGCGAUGACGUCAUCGAGGUACCUGCUAGAGACAAAGGUGAAGAUGGUGGACGGCGAGAAGUGUCGCAAGUCCGCCAUUUACAAGGACAACCUCGUCAGCGAGACGAUGAUGUGUGCGUACAGCCUCGGCAAAGACGCUUGCCAAGGUGACAGCGGCGGACCAUUAUUUUCCACACAUUCUAAAUCUGGAAAUUCGAAGUGGUACCAAGUUGGUAUCGUUUCUUGGGGUAUUGAUUGCGCAAUGCCAGAUUAUCCAGAAUGUGGAAGACCAGCAGACACGCUGACUAUGCGGAUAGUGGGGGGACGGCGGGCAGAACCUCACUCAUAUCCCUGGACAGUGGCCAUUUUGAAAAAUGACAAGAUGCAUUGCGGCGGGGCACUAGUUACGAAUAAGCAUGUUCUCAGCGCGGGACACUGUUUCAAAUGGGAUAACUUCACAACCAUGGAGGCUUUAUUAGGUCUAGACAACUUUGAUGACCUUAGCAACGUGGCUAAGAGGACGUUUAUAGACGUUUACAUCCACGAAGCCUUCACGUCGACGGCAGUUCGAGACGAGAACGACAUAGCUAUAGCGACACUCAACAUUCCCGUCAUAUUUUCAGAUACUAUUGUACCGAUAUGUUUACCAAAACCAAAUCAAGAUUUCACUGGUUUGGUGGGCACGAUCGUCGGGUGGGGUCGCAUGGGCACAGAGCUGUCGUCAUCAAAAGCUCUGCUGAAGGCUAGUUUACGACUUCUGUCUUACGAUGAGUGCUUGCGGUCGAAACUGAAAACACAUUUGAAGCCGACGAUGAUGUGUGCGUUUUCAAAAGGAAAGGACGGUUGUCAGGGUGACAGCGGAGGGCCGCUGUUGGUAUUCGAACCUACUGGAAAAUAUGUCCAAGCAGGUAUCGUCUCAUGGGGUAUAGGAUGUGCGGAUCCUAAAUAUCCUGGUGUCUACACAAAAGUUAGUAACUACGUCGACUGGGUUAAAGUUCAUACGGCCAACGGGGAAACAUGCGCGGAUUAAAAUUACACAAUAAAGCUCUCGUCACAUUGCUGGCGUGACGAGGCGCUAGCGAACAAUUUGGGCGCGCUUAUUGUGACACCGCCGUCGU